GGGACCAGAGGUUACAAAAGGAGGACCUGGUUAGGAAUUAAAAGUCAACACUGGAUUUAUUACGGCACUGAAUCAGCAGCAAGCUGGGGGGAAAUUAGCUGUUUCAGUCAACACAUGAGGUGGCCAUACUGGAAGAGCUGAGGUUUAUCUGACAGCGGAGAAGAGCCUCUGCAUCUCCACAUGACUUUAGGGGAAUAAUCAGUGACAAAGAUGGAGCUUUUAUCAUUCAAAUCCACAUCAGAGCUCCUGUUACUCUGCUGCUGCUUCAGUCUGCUUUUGACUGUAACAGUGAACUCCUCUACAUUAGGACCAAUGAGAACAUCUGAACCUACAACAGCAGGAAAACCAACAAAACCUGCUCCUGGAAAGGUAAUAAAUGUAUCAGUGGUGACCCAGAACAGCAGCAGUAUAACUCUGAAGUGGAACAAAGUUGAUGGCAUCUCAACAUAUAAACUGCAAUAUGAUUCUGGCAUUAAGAACAUCAGUGAUACUUCUGGAGAAACAUUUGUACAACAUGUGGUUUCUAAUCUGACUGCUGGGACAGAAUAUAAUUUCAUUCUUUUCACUGAGGCCAAUGGAGUCAAGAGUUCUGGAUUCUCAUUCUCUGCUGCUACAGCUCCUGACAAUGUAGCCAAUGUAUCAGUGGUGACCCAGAACAGCAGCAGUAUAACUCUGAAGUGGGAAAAAGUUAACAACAUCUCAACAUAUAAACUGGAAUAUGAUUCUGGCAUUAAGAACAUCAGUGGUACUGCUGGAGAAACAUUUGUACAACAUGUGGUUUCUAAUCUGACUGCUGGGACAAAAUAUAAUUUCACUCUCUUCACUGUGUUGAAUGGAGUCAGCAGCUCUGGAUUUAAUUUCUAUGCUGCUACAGCUCCUAACAAUGUAGCCAGUGUAUCAGUGGAGACCCAGAGUGUUAACAGUAUAACUCUGAAGUGGAACAAAGUUAACGACAUCUUAACAUAUAAACUGAAAUAUGAUUCUGGCUUUAAGGACAUCAAUGGUACUGCUGGAGAAACAUCUGUAAAAUAUGUGGUUCCUGAUCUGACUGCUGGGAGAAAAUAUAAUUUCAUUCUCUUCACUGUGUUGAAUGGACUCAACAGCUCUGGAUUUGAUUUCUCUGCUGCUACAGCUCCUGACAAUGUAGUCAGUGUAUCAGUGGAGACUCAGAGUGUUAACAGUAUAACUCUGAAGUGGGAAAAAGUUAACGACAUCUCAACAUAUAAACUGGAAUAUGAUUCUGGCAUUAAGAACAUCAAUGAUACUUCUGAAAAACCAUUUAUAGAAUAUGUUGUCUCUAAUCUGACUGCUGGGAGAAAUUAUAGUUUCAUUCUCUUCACUGUGUUGAAUGAACUCAGCAGCUCUGGAUUAUUAUUCUCUGCUGCUACAGCUCCUGAAAAUGUAGAGAAAGUGGAAGUGGUGGCAAGAAACACCAGCAGUUUAACUCUGAAGUGGGAAAAAGUUAACAAUGCCUCAACAUAUAAACUGCAAUAUGAUUCUGGCAUUAAGGACAUCAAUGAUACUGCUGGAGAAACAUUUAUAGAACAUGUUGUCUCUGAUCUGACUGCUGGGACAGAAUAUAGUUUCAUUCUCUUCACUGUGUUGAAUGGAGUCAACAGCUCUGGAUUAUUAUUUACUGAAGCUACAGAUCCUGAAAAUGUCGAUAAUAUAACAGUGGUGACUCAGAACACCAGCAGUUUAACUCUGCAGUGGGAAAAAGUUAACGAUGCCUCAACAUAUAAACUGAAAUAUGAAGGAAAUGGUGUUUCUGUCAUUAAGGACAUCAAUGAUACUGCUGGAGAAACAUUUGUACAACAUGUUGUCUCUGAUCUGACUGCUGGGACAGAAUAUAGUUUCACUCUCUUCACUGUGUUGAAUGAACUCAGCAGCUCUGGAUUUAAUUUCUCUGCUGCUACAGCUCCAGAAAAUGUCAAUAAUGUAACAGUGGAGACUCAGAACACCAGCAGUAUAACUCUGCAGUGGGAAAAAGUUAACGGCAUCUCAACAUAUAAACUGGAAUAUGAAGGAAAUGGUGUUUCAGUCAUUAUGGAGAUCAAUGAUACUGCUGGACACACAUUUGUACAACAUGUUGUCUCUAAUCUGACUGCUGGGACAGAAUAUAAUUUCAUUCUCUUCACUGUGUUGAAUGGAGUCAACAGCUCUGGAUUAUUAUUUUCUGCUGCUACAGCUCCUCAAAAUGUAGAAAGUGUAAGAGUGCAGACUCAGAGUGUUAACAGUAUAACUCUGCAGUGGAACAAAGUUAACGGCACCUCAACAUAUAAACUGAAAUAUGAAGGAAAUGGUGUUUCAGUCACUAAGGAGAUCAAUAAUACAGAUUUAGUUGUACAACAUGUGGUUUCUGAUCUGACUGCUGGGACAAAAUAUAAUUUAAUUCUCUUCACUGAGGCCAAUGGAGUCAACAGCUCUGGAUUCUCAUUUUCUGCUGCUACAGUUCCUCUGAGUGUGAAGUCGGUUCGUGUUUCGGAGCGUUUAGUGGACAGAGUAACUUUACAGUGGGAGAAUCCAGAUCAAGCCUGGAAAUACAACCUGAGUAUUAACGACACAAACGCAUCUAUAACCCAGCAGGAGACGAGAAAUGUUGUGUCAUAUUUAAUCUCCAACCUCAAGCCUGGGACGAUGUAUCAGUUCAGAGUGAUCACAGUGUUCUCUGGACUGAACAGUGCUGCUUUCGUUGGUGACACAGUGACACAGAUCAACUGCAUUGCUGUAUCCUGGAGCGUCACCAACUCAUCGAUCCAGGGAACAGUUGAAGGAUUGUUCUCCAGGGCCACGGCCUCUAAUGGAUCUGAAACUGUCGAAAGUCCUGAAGGGAAAAACGUGACAUUUUCCAACCUCCAUCCUGGAGCAACCUAUAACAUUUCUCUACAGUAUGAAACAUCGACUGAACCUUAUCUACAGUGUAGCAUCAAAAUACCCAUCAUUCCUCCUUCUUUAGCUCCUCUCUGCAGCUACUGGGGUUCUGGCUACAGCGCUCUGAUUAAAUGGGACAAACCGGAUGGUGUGUGGACGACAGCUGAACUCAACAUAAACAGAAAAAAUUUCACUUUAACACCAAACGAGAAUCGUCUCACUGUGGACGGACUUCAACCGGCCAAAACUUAUAAAGUCUCUGUGAUUUCAAAGCUGGAAACAAAAUCUGAUCCUUUAACAUCUGAACCAUCCAUUUUUUUCUGUUCCACUGAUAACAGAGGAGUCAUUGGAGGAUCUGUGUUCGGGGUUCUGCUUUUUGCUGUUCUCAUCUGUGUCAUUGUGUUUCUUUUCCUUAAAAAGCCAGAUUUUAUCCGCAGAAAAACGUCUUUCCUCCCUGGAUCCAAAAAGUCAGAUUCAAAGGGGAAAAUCAUCCCUGUAGCCAAAUUCCCAGACCACUACCACCAGCUGAGUUUGGAUGAAAACCGAGGUUUCAGUCAGGAAUACGAGUCCCUCGCUGAUGCUGGAACAAACCAAACCCAAAAAGCUGCGACUCUGCCAGAAAACAGAAGGAAGAACCGCUUCACCAACAUCCUUCCCUAUGACUGGAGUCGAGUGAAACUAAAUGCAUCAACUCCAAACAACACCUUGGACUACAUAAAUGCUAAUUACUUACCAGGCUACAGCAGCAGCAGAGAGUACAUCGCCUGUCAGGGUCCUCUGCCCAACACGGUCGGUGAUUUCUGGAGGAUGGUGUGGGAGCAAAAAGUGAAGCGAAUCGUCAUGGUUACCAACUGCGUUGAAGCAGGGCGGACCAAAUGUGAACAAUACUGGCCUGAAGACAGGAGCCCUAGUAGUCAUGGAGAACUGAUCGUCUCCAAAACGUCUGAGGAGAGAGAGUCCAACUGGGUUCUGAGGGAGUUUAAAGUGAAACAUAUGAAGGAUGCAGAGGAACGGACGGUGAAGCAUUUCCACUUCACUGCUUGGCCUGACCAUGGAGUACCUCAGGGCACAGAAGUCUUGAUCCGUUUCAGAGGACUUGUGAGGAAACACAUAGAGAGUGAAGAGAGCAAAGCACCAACCGUGGUUCACUGCAGCGCCGGGGUGGGCCGGACGGGCACCAUCAUUGCCCUGGACGUGCUGCUGCAGCAGCUGCAGCAGGAGCGGGCCGUCGGCAUCAACAGCUUCGUCUACAAGAUGAGGAAGCAUCGAUCUCACAUGGUGCAGACGGAGUCCCAGUACGUGUUCCUGCACCAGUGCAUCAUGGACAGCCUGCAGCCGCCCAGCAGCCAGGAGGAGAACGUUUACGAGAACGACGACCUGAUAUACGUCAACGCCACGGCGCUGCGACAGCUCCGCUGACCCGACGGAACCGGGUUCAGCCCAGCACUAAGACUUGAGCUAACUGAUAGUGUUAUUACACACUGAACGUG